AUGAGGCGCUUUCGCAUGUGCUUGCCCUUCCUGUUUGAGAGAAACGACCACUCCCCGGAGCGCUCUGACACAAGACUUCGUGGCAUGGCAGCGCCACAGGACGGAGUGAGUUGUUGGAGCUGUGGGCAGGUGGCUCAGUGGCUUCAGGAUGAAGGGUUUGGAAACUAUGUGGAGCUGCUCUGCAGUCAGCAUCGGCUGGAUGGCCCCAGUCUGCUGACCCUCACAGAGGCUGACCUGCGCUGCCCUCCUCUUGGCCUCACUGUGUUGGGAGAUAUCAAGAGACUGGCCUUAGCCCUUCACCGGCUGCAGAGGGGGACUGGAGCAGUGAAGCUUCAGAUGUUCGAUAUGAUGGAAGAAAUCUUUUGUAUAAUGGGAGUGAGCUCCGGCAGAGGAUCACAGACCGGGCCAGACCUAAUUCAGGAGACUCACUGUGCCACAUUCACUCUAAUGGAAGAUAUGAGGACAUACCCACCUCUGCCUGACAUAUUUCUCGACAGCGUUCCCAGAAUCCCCUGGGCUUUUGCUAUGGCAGAGGCUUGUGGACUCCUCCUCUGCUACAUGUUCGCUUUGAUCCUUUUACUUCACAAGCACAGGUCUAUACUCCUGAGACGACUGUGCUCCCUGAUGGGAACUGUGUUCCUGCUUCGCUGCUGCACCAUGUUUGUCACGUCGUUGUCUGUGCCAGGGCAGCAUCUGAAGUGUGCCAGUAAGACCUUUGAUGAUGCUUGGGGCAAGAUACAGAGGGGCUUGACGAUCUGGACUGGUUUUGGAAUGACUCUGACAGGGGUGCAAACCUGUGGGGACUACAUGUUCAGUGGACACACCGUAGUCAUCACACUACUCAACUUCUUUGUCACCGAAUACACUCCUCGAACCUGGAAUCUCAUUCACACCAUUUCUUGGGUGUUGAACCUAUUUGGCAUUUUCUUCAUCCUGGCGGCUCAUGAGCACUAUUCUAUUGAUGUAUUUAUAGCCUUCUACAUCACUACUCGCCUCUUCCUCUACUACCACACCUUGGCAAACACGAGGGCCUUCCAGCACAGCCGAAGAGCACGCAUUUGGUUCCCCAUGUUUUCAUUCUUUGAGUGCAACACGGUCGUGAAGAGGCGCAUCUGUCAGACCAACAGAGCGCAGUCACACCUCAGCCUGGCAUCCAACCACUCUCCCAUUCCAAAAGAUAUUUCCAACGCGGUGCGAUGGGCACUCGUGUCCUUAAACAGCAGCGCCUCUCCUCAAUCCCUCCCAUGGGGCCAACCCAGCCACCCAACACCACAGCUACAGGAGGAGUGGCCAAAGAAUGACACUCGCCUCCUGGCUAACCUCUCUCUCCUGGGCCAACAUGAUGACUGUCAUAUGUCCCCCAUCCUCACUGCCUUGCUCCUGGUGUGGUACUGCGUCACUUUGGUGCUGGGGCUGGUGGGGAACAUUGUGCCGUUUAUCCAGUGUGUAUCCGUGACUGUGUCUGUGCUGUCCCUCGUCUUCAUCGCUUUAGAAAGACAUCAGCUCAUUAUUAACCCCUCUGGAUGGAAGCCCAGUAUUUCCCAGGCCUACAUAGCAGUCAUUCUCAUCUGGAUUCUGGCCUGCAGCACAUCUUCCCCUUUUUUGGCCUUCCAGCUACUCAGUAAAGAACCCUACACUAAUGUACCCAUCCCAAAAUCCUCACUGAGUCGACUUGCAGAUUUACAACGUAAAGACAUGCUGGACAGAGUGAGGGCCCCUGAAAACCAGAGGGUCACACAUAGUCGUAGAAUUAACAUAAUGCUGGUUGCCGUCAUCACGGCCUUUGCUCUGUGCUGGCUGCCACUCACCAUCUUCAAUGUGCUCUCAGACUGGAAACAAGAGGCGCUCCCUGUGUGUCAUCACAACCUGUUGUUCUCUCUCUGCCAUCUGCUGGCCAUGUCCUCCACUUGCAUCAACCCCAUCAUUUACGGCUUCCUCAACUCCAACUUCAAGCAGGAGGUGAGAGAUGUGAUCUUGCGGUGCCGCUGGAGACCUGUGGAGGAGUCCGAGCAUUACCCCAUAUCAACAGUGCAGAUAGAAAUGUCCCGUACCUCUGUGCCUCAGAACUGCAGGAGCAACUCAAUGUAA